CCGGAAAGACGCCUUCCUCCGCGGCAAGCGGGAGGAAGAGUACAGGCCCCAGGGGGCGGGGUUUAAAGCACCCGAGGUCGCCAUGGCUACCGAGCCCGAGACCCCUGUGGCCGCCUCAGCUGCGGAGCCCGCGGUGCCGUCGCUCGUGGAUCGUUACUUCACUCGCUGGUACAAAGCGGAUGUCAAAGGAAAACCCUGUGAGGACCACUGUAUACUCCAACACUCUAACCGAAUAUGUGUCAUCACACUGGCAGGAUCCCAUCCAGUUCUUCAAAGUGGAAAAGUAAUUAAAAGCAUUUCCUAUCAAAUCAGUACCAACUGUAGCAGACUUCAGAACAAAGUCUCUGGGAAAUUUAAGCGGGGGGCACAGUUUCUAACAGAACUUGCACCUCUGUGUAAGAUUUACUGCUCUGAUGGAGAAGAAUACACCAUAUCUAGCUGUGUUAGAGGACGGUUGAUGGAAGUGAAUGAAAACAUUCUCCAUAAGCCAUCUAUUCUUCAAGAGAAGCCAUCCACCGAAGGAUACAUUGCAGUUGUGUUGCCCAAGUUUGAAGAAAGUAAAAGCAUAACAGAAGGGUUACUGACACAAAAACAGUAUGAAGAAGUCGUGGUGAAACGCAUCAGUGCCACAACAGCGACCUCAUGAGGAUUAAGAUUGAGUGAAAACAACAGGGCAUUCUUAUCCUUACCUGGCCUACCAGUCAGUACACUAAGGAAGAACCAGAGAUGCUGAAGCAUACUUCACACCGGGCCAUCCGCAGGGAGGCCUGAUCUUAAAACCUGACCUAGGUUUCCUUCUUUGUCUUGCAUAACAAGCCUUGAUUCCAUUUUGUCUUCAACCUCCCAGAUCUGCCUGCCCAUGUACUCACUCUGUUCUUUUGCUUUUCUCUUUCUAACAACUGGCAAGCGACAGAUGUUUUUCUGAUUAAAAACCAACAAACAAAGCACUUUGAGGAAAAUUUGAAAAGACAGAAAAGUAAAAAUAAUUUACCCAUCAUCCUGUAACCCGUUAGUAAAUACUAGGUUUUGAUGUGA